UUGUUUAAAACCCAGAAACCAAUAAGAUACUAUUCGGUGCAUGUGCAACAAAUAGCAUUCAUGGGGAUUCACACCAUUAAUUAUUGUGGGGGAAAUCUGUUCAACCAAGUGUGUGCUGUUCCAAAUGUAGCAGACAAAUCUCUUGAGUCUCUUCUUCCAAUUUGAACUGAUAAUUAAUGCACCGGUUUGUCCACAUUCCAUGAAUUGAUCCCAUCAUUUGGCAGCUCUUGCCUCCUCCAUCGCCAUGAGGGUUGUCCAUACAUGCGGACAAACCAAGUCCCUAAAACAGGAACGUCUACCAGCUGUAUGAUUAAAUGUCUCAGACAAAAAUUCUUUCUUUUUUCAACAUUUUCGGUAACAACUAUUGACAACUCCCAAUCUCGACCUUUCCAGCACUCAAGCAGCCAAGAAAUUGAACACCCAUUUCACUAAACUUGCAGUAGAUUUCGAUAACUUGGUGUUUUGGUCCCUCCAACACCAUGAACAGAGCUUCUUCUUCUUCUGCCUACAAUUUGGGUACAAUUUUGAGUCCUGGGGUCUUGGAUUAUCAGGACAACAGCAUGGAUGGGAACAAAGGAUGGAGUUCAGAACGUGUGCCUCGCCAUUCAAGCGGCGGCAGUAGGAGGCAUAUCAGCGCAGCUACGUUGACGCCUUUUUAUAGCGGAAGGACGAUGCCUUCUAAGUGGGAUGAUGCAGAGAGGUGGAUAUGCAGUCCUCUCUCAGGUUACGGUGGGGCUAAGAGCUUGAACUUUCAGAGUCAGCGGCGGCAGAAGUCGAAAAGUGGGCCUAUUCCUAUUGUGCCUCAAGGAAUUGGAUUCUAUUCAAAUUCUUCACCUGCAAUGCAGGUUCUCGAUGGUGAUAGAGUGAGGAAUUUUGUGGUGGCAGAAUCUCCAUUCUCAACUGGAGUUUUUAUGCCUGGUGGGAUUCCUCAGCAUUACAGAGGAUUGGUGGGGAAUGACAACAGUUUUGCACAAUCGACUGCUCCAACACGAUGGACAGAUUUGGCCAGCGAGUCCUCAUUGCCCGGCGCUCUAGAUGAGAAAGUUGAUGACAUGAGGGAUGCGGAAACCAUGGUCUCUCCUGCUGUGUCGAGAAGGGAUAUGGCCACCCAAAUGAGCCCUAAUAGCACAAGCUCAUCUCCCAGAGGAAGGCCUUCCUCUCCUCCAUUUACACUUCCUGAUGACCAUCCUGCUAGAAUGGAAAUCAGGGAAGUACAGGUCGAUAAGCGAGCUACUAUAAUUAGCUCACCAGAAAGAGGUGGACCUUACUCACCUAAGAAAGGAUUUCCAGAUGAUGUAGACUUCAAUCAAAAUGCCCCAAGUGCUUGUUUUUCUUCUUGGGAGACAUCAGAGACGGCAACAAAUGUGUCAAAGCCAUGUAAUAGCUUCAAUUUCUCGUGCAGAUUACAAAGGGAGGAAGCAAGAAUCACUGCCUGGGAAAACUUGCAGCAGGCAAAAGCAGAAGCAGCAAUAAGAAAACUCGAGAUGAAACUGGAGAAGAAGAGAUCAUCAUCAAUGGAUAAAAUUUUAAACAAUCUAAGAAUAUCACAUAAGAAAGCUCAGGAGAUGAGAAAUUCAAUAUCAGACAGGCAGGACAAUCAAAGCUCCAAGACAUACCACAAGGUUACAUUCUUGAGUAAGCAUGCUAAGAUAUCUUCCUUAAAGAGUUGCUUCACCUGCUGCUAUGUUUUAUAGUUUCCGUCGAAGCUCCAUUCACAAAAUGGAUAAGACUUUGGUUUUAGUGUGUAUGAUUUUGGUUUUUUGAGAAUGAAUGUGAAACUUCGAUAUGAACUUGAAUUU